CGGACGACCCUGUUGCCUUCCGCCAGCACCUACUCACUCAUCUUCAACCUUAUCUUAAGCAUCACGUGAUCGACUUUGAGGUUUCUGAUGUCUUGGAUGAUCUCGGCCGAUAUUGCGAAGCUGCCAGAACAGAAGAAAACAAAAACCCAGGAAGAGCCAGAGAAGGCCAGGGACAAGCUUCUGAUCCAGUUGGAGUCUCGGGUUCGCAGUCUCGAGUACGGUCAGGGCUCCCAGGUGUUCCUCCAGAAGUCCCACCACCUGGCCUCCAACGGGGCCGAGAUCUACCAGAAGUAUCUGGAAGUGGUCAAGCAGGAGGGGAAGGAUCACAAGCGCGGCCCGCCCGAGCUACAGAUAUUUUCAGGACUUCUAGCCGAUUUCGAUCCUUGGCUCAGCGACAGCAGCUCCCCCCCAGAGGUCAGGAAGUUCUCAGGAGUUGGAGCGCGCCUCCAGGCCAUGCUUCAGAACGAGGACGAGGUCGCCGCGUCGGAAUGGGUCAAAGACUUCUCGUUCUCCCCGACCUUCGACUCGAACGUCGUCCGCCUCUCGUUCACUCUGAAGGGUCAGGUGCUGAUCGCUCGCAACAUGCCGCAGGCCCAGAAGUUGGCCCAGGAGCAGGCCGCAGCGUGGGAGAAGGUGAAGGGUGGCCAGGAGGAGUUCGAGGAGUACCUUCAGAGGACCCCCCUGGAAGUGCCUCUCAAGAACGGGGAGUAUAAGUUGGCUGAGUUGCAGUAUCUUGUAGGUGUGAUUCUGAGGGCUUGGGGUGCAUCCAAGAAAUUAGGUAGGGCCCCGCGUGGUGGCCUCGCGAAGGGCUCGGGGAAAAAUAGCCCUGGCCGUUUCGGGUCCUGUUCCGCACUCGGGUUUACAGCAACAAAUUUUAGGCCUGCACUGUACGAGCGGCAAAUUGCACAUUCGCGCCCGCAUAAAUGUGACCCACAGCGGUGCGCAGUUCGGGAGUGCGGUUUUCCCUUGUCUGUGAUUUAUACCCAAGUUGCUGUUAACCUGGGCGGGUGCACCUGCUUACGCUGCUAGGGUACCCUCGCCCAGAGAGGGUGCUCUGGUCGUGUCGGUUGUUGUGUCCGACCGUGCGGGCUGGGCGCUCCGACCGUGCCUGAUCCGAGCACUGUCUCGGCACGCGCGGCGGUGCCCGACGAUUUAAAGCGUCACAGUUGGCCUUCAGAAGGCGUGCCCCGAGUCUGACCUGGCUGUGUGGAUCAUCAGGACUUGAAGGGGAUGCGAAGCGAAG